AUGAAAGAUUCAGACAUUGAGCAGCAUGGCCAGAAUACCUCUCAAGCAUCCAAAGGAUGUAAUAGAAAGAUUGAGCCCUGGAAGGCAGAGGAGGAAAAAGAAGAAGUUGAUGACGAUGAAGAAGAUGAGGAUACGGAUUUCAAUCCUUGUUUAAUUGCAGAGACAGCUUCUGAGGCUUCUUCGAGUUUGAGUUCUGAGGAUGAAGGUUCAGCUGAUAGUUCCCAGAGACAGCCUUUGCAACAUUCAGAUAAUCAAGGCGAGGAUGCAGUUGAUGAGAGUGAAAAUUGUAGCAGACUCCUUUGGGCCAGUGGGGAGAUGUCACAUGUUAAGCUUAUUCGAGAAGGUGAACAAGACAUUGUCAUGGAGACACGUGACAAGAAGUCCCCGGGAAACAAAGUUAAUGAACAGGGGAAAAGAUUCACAUCUCCUGAGGAAAGCACGAAAGGAGCUGUCUCAACUGAUGAAACCAUAGUUUCAGAGGUUACAACUAAGAAAGGCUUUCCAGAGCAGACCAUGGUGUCAUCUCCUAAUCCAAAAAGUUGUUCUAGGUCUCACAGAGAAAUUGAUGACGAAGAUGCCAUUUGCAUGCGUACCAGGGCUCGCCAUUCACUUGCUGAUUAUUCACUUGAGGAGUUGGAAACAUUUCUUCAAGAAUCUGAUGACGAUGAUGACCUUCAAAAUGUUGAUGAUGAAGAAGAAUACCGCAAAUUUCUUUCAGCUGUAUUAUCAGAUGGAAAUGAUCUGGGGAAUGAAAGAAAUGGAGAUGAGAACCUGGACGAAGAUGAAGAGAAUGAUGCUGACUUUGAAAUUGAAAUAGAGGAGGCAUUAGAUAGUGACGUUGAUGAAAACAAUCGUGGAAAUUUUGCUUGGCAAGAAAAAUAUAGGAGGGAUGGGCGUGGACCAGGAACAAGGCAGAAGAGAUUUCAGAGAGCUUCUACCAUGAAUAAAAACCGGCCUUUGGGUCAGGCCAAGACUCCAUUACGCCCUAUUUUACCAUUUGUUACUAACACUCCAGUAGAUUCUCCAUUUCAAUCGCAUGGAUGGCAAUCCUCAUUUUCCCAGAUAAUUCCACAUUCAUCUUCCAAAGUGGAGUCUGUACGCGGGUUCACAUCAGAACAAAUUGACCAGUUAUUUUGUUUAAUAAAUGAGCACGUUCAACUUCUUAUUCAGGUGUUUUCUCUCUCUGCCCAUGAUCCCAUUCGACAACACAUUGCCAGCAAGGUUCAGUUAUUGCUUCUUGAGAUGGUUGAUAAACGUGAAGAGGCACUGGCAUGCCGGAGAGUAUCAUACCCUGCCUAUUGUUUUGAUUAUCUGCAUGCUUACCAGUCGAUAAAUUUUGAUCCUUCUCAGAGAAUUAACUUUUCUUGGGCGCCAUCAAUAAGCACUCCUAUGCUGUCCAUUCUUGAUGUCAAAUCUCUCGGUUCGACUAAGAAGUAUAUUGACGAUGUUUCAGCCUGUAGGUGAACUUAUGGUCAUGAUUAUCAUCUAUUUUUAACUUUUUGUGCUUGCAGGGAGUUAUUUCACAUUCUCACUGUGAUUUUUUUCUGUACAUAGCUAUUCUUAGGUAUAAAAGGAACCAAAUGGAAGGUUUGCAUGUUAGAAGCCAAUUGAAAAAGGAACCUCUUUUCCCCCUCCAAAAUUAUGUGGUUGCACAAGAGACAACUGCAGAAGUUAUUGGUGGAACAAAGAUUACAGUUGAAACAACAAGUUCUUCAGUUUUUUCUUGUCAAGGUCAGCCAAAGAAGUCUCUUGCUGCAACACUUGUAGAGAGGACUAAGAAGCAGUCAAUUGCACUUGUUCCCAGUGACAUUGCAAGUUUAGCACAGACUUUUCAUACUCUGUUCAAUCCAUUGUUAUUUCCUCAUAAACCUCCACCGCCACCUGUAGCCAAUCGAGUACUCUUCACUGAUUCAGAGGAUGGGUACGCUGCAUUUUCUUUUUCUUGUGUUUAAAGGCUUAGAUUGCUGCGUUUUAUUUAUUUUUGGUAAAUGUCUUCUUAUUUAAUUACCAGCCUGACGCACCAUCUCUCAUAAAGCUUACCAUAUGUCUACAACACAAGGUAGACAUCAGAUGUAGGAGUUAGUAUAUUGAGAGGAGGAAGCAUAAUACCAUAAGACCUAUUACAGAUGCUCUAUUUAUCAAGUGGCUAUUCAUCAGUAAAUAAGCCAUGCUUGGUUUCAACACGAAUAACUAGGAGAAUUCAUUUGAUGUCAUCAAAACCUAAAAUUGUUUGCAAAGUUAUAUAUUUUUUUUCUGAACUAAAUCCAGAUUUUUGUUCAUUUAUCUACUUGCUUGGAUUAGUUUACAAAGAUGACACCAAUCGCACUUCAGGUGUAUUUCUAUUGUUUAUCGGCCUUCAUUUAUAGCAUUGAAUGUUUGAUUCUGUGUGCUCGAGUUUGACCUAUGUUUAUGUCCAAAAUAAUCUUUCAGAUGUUAGGGUGGACAUCCUGCUGUUUUUCAUGAACAAAAUUGUCUUUCAUGAAAGUCCGCUAAGGAAGAUUUGACAAUGACCCAUACAUGAAUUAAGAAAAUAUUUUAUGAAUAUUGCAUUAUGAAAAAUAUAUUUUAUUUCGAUUUAUGUAUCAGAAAACUCGUUCUCAAAUAGAGAAGAAGAAAAGUAAUGAGACAAUAAAAAUGUACCAAUUGUUAGAGUUACCAAGCCAUCCUACUCAAAACCAAUUGUUAAUGAGUGGAGCAGGGCUAUCUUCAUAAUCACAGGGCUAUUUCGAUAAUAAUGAAUAUUGGACUAGCCUUAAUACGCCUCACAUGGAGAAUACAAAUGAGGUGUGUUCAGCCUUGGGCGAUCCAUCAGCUCUGGUGCCAUAUUAGAGCCAUUGUGUCGUCUAACUUAAAACAAAUUGGCUAUAAGUGAGAUAGGUACAUCUUCAUAACUUAAAAACAGAUACUGUAUUUAUCAAGUGGCUAUUCAUCAGAUUUAGCCAUGCUUGGUUUACAUAGCGAUGUGACAAGUUCAAACCUGCACAGCUUUUGUUGAACUAAUCUUGGUAUCCGUCUUGUUGGUCUAAAUCUGAAUCUGGCUCGUAAAAAUCAGUUCCAGACUGGUGCUAACUGAGCCGAGAAAAAUGACCAAGCAUGGAAAAUUUGUGGUAAUUAUUUUUUGUUUCAAGGAAAGAUAAAUCCAGUGUCUGAGAUACAAUGCCGACUAAAUUCGAGGACAUUGUGGUCAUUUCUCUGAUGGACAUCACAGGAAAUGCUGUUUUUUUAUGGAUCCAUGUGUUGUCGUCGAUUUCUGUUUUCAUAUUUAAAAUCUUUAACCGUCUUUAUGCGUUGCAAAUUGUUAGCAAUGGGACUUAUGGAGUAUAAUAUUGAUUGGGGAGCAGUCCAGUUACAAGAAAUUCUGUUUUUUUCCUGAUCCAUGUAUUGUCCUCAACUUUUGUUUUCAUGUUUUACAUGUUUACUAUUUUUUAACUGUCUUUAUGUAUUGUAGAUUGUUAGCAAUGGGACUUAUGGAAUAUAAUAAUGAUUGGGGGGCAAUACAGCAACGGUUUCUUCCUUGCAAGUCCAAGCACCAGGUUAGAAUUUUUUGAGUUGUGUUUCUAGAUGCCUUAGUCUGCUUAAUAUUUUGGCCUUGAUGUACUUUCCCUUGCCCUUAGCAAUCACAUCUAAGGAUUCGACCCUUACAUUCUGCAGUUGAGAUUGUGCCUAGUGCUCCUUGAAGAGGUAGUCUGAACUCAUGGCAAGGUUGGGGAAACUUUUCCAAGUUUAUAAUUACCAUGACUCUUUAAAAUACAAGGCUCUAGCCAAUAUAGUUUGGGCCAGUUAUUCUAGUAUAUUAAUUCAGCGUCCGAUGCCAGUCUAGUUAAGCGUGGUGAUCCUAUGUGUUGUCAAAACAUCUUGUUCAAUUUAUUCAGCCAUCUGAUGCCAGAGCAAUUGUGAUAGGUGGAGUUGACCCAUUUUUGUAGCCAGGUGUCUACUUCUGCAUUAAUCAAUUUAAUUGGACACUUACACGUUUCUUCUCAUGGAAAUGACUUUUGGGUCUUCUCGUGUGGGUAACUCAAAGUGAGUAUGAGCGGCUGAAACGCCGCCAUCAACUUUAAAAUUAAUAUUAAAGUUAUUUCGACAUUCAGGUCAAGUUUCAUUAGCAGCUAAUGGAGUCUGCCCAUCUUUAUAACCAUAUGUUUGGCUUUGUAUCGGUAAUAGAGGACUAUUCCAACAUGUUUCAAUCCAUGUACAGCUGCUUAUAAUUCUUUCAUUCGCCAAAUGACUGAAUUUAUUGAACUCCAUUUCAGAAGAUGUAAAAGAAAGUGACUUGUUCAUGUUCUGACAUUGCAGAUUUACAGAUUGUAUGCUUUUGCGUUUGUGCAUUUUAGGGAUAGUUAUCAGUGUAUUUCGGCAUGCUAUAAUAUUUUCUUUCCUUAAGAUUCUUCCUUACCGUGUGAUUCCUGUAAGGGAUAAUGGGGAAGCUCUUUCUCUCUUGAAAAUGCAUGCGAUAACCUAAUGAUUUGACGUUGUGAAAUUUUCGUCAUGCAGAUCUUUGUCAGACAGAAAAAUCGCAGCUCUUCAAAAGCGCCUGAAAAUCCAAUAAAAGUAUGGAUUUGAUUCAUUUUAAUUUUUUUCCAUGCUAUCGUGAAGUCAUUGUUCACUUUUUCUAAUGUCAUGAUUGCAAGUUCUCUACCUCAAGAAAUUUAAGAAUGAAAGUAUUUGUACUGUAUGUAGAGAUAUUUCAGAAUUUGGGGCUGGUGUUUUCUAUUUUAUACUAGGGAAAGCAUAAUCAAUCCUUGUUAUGACUAAUGGGUUCUAGACCUCGCCUAGAUUUUACUAUACGUCGAAUUAUAUCAUGUUGCUUCCCAAAGAGUGUUAUUAUUUUUGAUGAAGACUGUUCUCAUGUGUUAUUCUUUCCUAUUGUCCUCUCAAAUGAAUUGUUUGCAAAGACUGUUGCUCUUUUAUUUGUUAAAAGACUCAUUAUAACUUUCUCUAUGCAUUCUUUUUUUUAGGAAAAGUGUGAUUAUUUUUUGGGAAAAAUGUUAUUGUCUGAGAGGUGGUUAAUAACCUCACUAUGCCCCAUUUUGUGCAAUCUAUCUCAGUCAAUUAGGAUUCUGUUUUAUUAGUGAGAACAAAGCUAACAACUCCUUUUUUGUGAAAUAUUACGUUUUUAUUUAUAAUCUUUUUGAUUGAUGUAUUUCAAAUGUUGGAGGGGGUUUUGGGUAGGGUCGGUGACGAAUCCAACCUGACAUAGAAUUUGAUGUGAGGAGAUGCAUCGUUAUGUGCGGGUCAAAGUUUUCUUGCACCUGUUUUUCUUUUGAUGCCGUUGAUGGACUCAUGACAAACACGUCGUCGGUAUUGCGUUAGUCAAACGAAAUGUAACUCUCACUAUGAUAGAAUGGAAUGUGUUGGUGUUCGGCUGGGAUUCCCCUCUCCAGCUAGGCUCGUUUCUCCCUAUUUAUGCCCCAUUCUGAGUCCAUCCAGUACAGGUUGUCCACCACUUACAUGUUAUCCUGCCCUAGAGUAUGUGCCUGUUCCAUGCCUUGUGUUGAUAAUGCUCACACCACUUACAUCGUUAUUCUGCCAUAUUUAUGCCUUGGGUCUGCAGUGUUUGCCAUUUGCAACACUUGAUGUUUGGCUCCUGUCAGCUCUGCAACGGUUGUACAUAUCUGUUUUGAGUUUCUAUGCAACAGACUAUCACAUUCACGUUGCAUGCUGCAUUGCGCACCUGUUGUACGACCAACCAAUGUGGAAUAGUGCGUGCCUCUUCUGCAAAAAACGGGUGUCACAGAUGGGCCAAUCCUUGUAGCUGGAUGUUACAAGUUUGUUGCACCUGGCACGAUUUUCUUUCUCAUAUGCAAACCUUGGUCUUCUCUAUAUACACAGCAAUGUGAAGGCGCUCAUUCAAUUAGACGAACGAAUUGUUGUAUCAAACAGAACAAUGUUUUAGCAUUCAAACUAGUAGCUUAUGCAAAUUUUGAGAAAUUUAUGGUAUUUAUUUUUUGGUACUAGUGAUUUUAUUUGUUGGGUGCCGUGAGGUUUUUGCCAUGAUAUUAGGGAUUUUACUUGAUGAUGCAUUUUUGACUGAAAAUUCUAAUUCCUCUUUGGAAUGCAAAUGGAUGAAACUUGUAGCUCUUACCGGAAACUCAGGAGUAACAGCUUGUCUCCUUGUUAGUUAAUGGACUUACCCAAGACGAGUUUCCAGUUCAGAUAUGAGUGUUGCUAAACAGUAAUCAUGUUAGACAAGGAGAAAAAGUAAUUAAACAAGUGGUGUUUAGAAAAUUGAGCAGGCGUUUUUGGCGUUAGCUAGUGUUUGACUUUUGACGGGGCUGGAGCAGGUCAUGAUACUGAGUUAAAUUUGGAUCGCUUCCUGUACCAUUUUUUCCUUUGAAUAAUAUUACAGGAUAAUAAAUUAUUCAAUAUAUUACUGGGACUCUUUUUGGAAAAACGAAGGUAUUAAGUUAUGGCGCUCACUUCAUAGUCAAAUGGAGUAAUUUUUUAUGCCCUUGUGAAUUUAUGGCACAUCCUUUAUGAUUAUCCCAAGGGCACCAGUCAUCAUAGGAAUAGCAAGAAACAUUUAAUAUGUUUUGCCCUUUCGCUGUGAAUGAGGGAAAAUCUGCCUUUUACUUUUGAUUCUGGCCACGUAUUUAAUGUGUUACCAUCUUUAAAAUAGUAUAUCAUCUGAUAGAAUCUGCGCAUCUAUAUUAAUGCUCUCUCUUGGAUUCUUUCCCGUUAUAUCCGUUUUGCAAAACUAAUUUCUUGAUGUACGACUUUUGUUUACAACGUUUCCAAACUCAUUGGAGUGCGUCGUCUCUUUAAUGAAAGAAUGGAGAACGAUUUUUAUCUCCUUAUGACUCUCAGCUGUUCCUAAGACAUCUGAAAGUUCCCUUUUUGCUGAUGUAGGCUGUCAGGCGUAUGAAAACCUCACCAUUGACUGCAGAUGAGAAGGUGCUCAUUGCUGAGGUAGCUUGACAUUUGGCUUUUAUUUUUUACCUUCCUGGGACUAAACAUUUCUAUUUAAUUUAAUCUGGAUAACAUUGCGCUCACAUGAUCUUCCCAGGGUCUUAAACUCUUCAAACACGAAUGGAUAUCUGUGUGGAGGUUAUUUGUCCCCCAUAGAGAUCCUUCCUUACUACCCAGACAGUGGCGAAUUGCUACUGGAACUCAAAAAUCCUAUAGAAAAGAUGAGUCUGUAAAUGAAAAGCGUCGGCUUUAUGAAGCAAAGAGAAGAAAAUUAAAAGCUUCAACAUCAGAAUGGAAGACAACACAAGCUGAAUAUGAGGUCAGGUUUAUUUUUAUGAUUUAGUCAGUAGGUUUAUUCGCAUCAAUCAAACUAACAUCAUGAAUGUUUCCCUCUGUCUGUUUCUUCAACUCGUAGUUUGAUGAUGCUGAUCAAAAUACUGCUGAUGAAAAUGGGGAUAAUGAAGAGGAAGCAUAUGUUCAUGAAGCAUUCUUAGCAGAUAAUGAGCAAGUAGGCUCUGAGCAGAGCUCCUAUGAACUUAAUUUCUCUGGCAUUAUCAAUCGGAGUAUGCCAUCAGUUGAAAUCCCACACCCUGGGGAUACCCAUGUGAGUGUACGUUUGCCUACUGUUACAGAUGAACAUCGAGAAUCAAACCGGCACAUCAAUGGAUUUCUCAGAUCUUCAAAGUUGGUGUCUGGGCAGCAAUUACAUGGUGCUACCAGCCCGCAAAUAAUCACACCCUCCGCUGGUUCUUCAAGCUGGCUGCAAUCAAGUUCUAUGGCAUCUACAAGCAAUCUAGUCCCAUCUACAUAUCGGAUGCGUAAAAGGAAAGGAGCCCAAGUUGUUAAGUUAGCACCAGAACUACCUCCUGUGAACCUUCCUCCAUCUGUGCGUGUGAUUUCUCAGUCUGCUUUCAGAAGCUAUCAUUCCAUGUUGCCCUCUUCUGUGGUAGAUAAAAGUUCUGAUAACGUUCUGAUUCCAAGGUUGCCUCAGAGUUUUAAGACUGAUACUACCAGGGCCAGUGCUGCAAGAUGUGUCUCUGUUCUCCACAAGAAUGGUACCAAGAAUAGUUCUGGACAGGAUCUGAGAGCAUCUGAAGAUCAUCAAAGUGAAGAAAGCAAUUGUGUCUCUGAUAUACAGAUGCAUCCUUUGCUGUUCCAAAUGGCUGAUGCUGAACUUCAACUUUACCGUACAAAAGACCGUUCUUCAACUGUUUCACUGAGGGCAGAUCAACAGGCUAAUAUAAAUCUCUUUCGACCUGGGCAAUCUGAUUGCGUGAAUGAAUGUUCUGUUCCACAGUUACAGUCAAAAGGGUUAUAUUUGAGCAGGCAAACAAUCGAUUUUCAUCCUCUCUUGCAAAGAACCGGUGACAUAAAUAACAGCUCUUCUGUUUUGCAUCCAGGUAAACAACCUACUGUGUCAGAAUCACCUGGUAGCCCCAUGCCGGGGCAACAACAGAUUGAUAGUGGUCAACCAACUAAAUCAUGUGCAGCUCAGUAUGAUAAGGAUGGUGGUAUUGACUUGGACAUCCACUUAUAUUCUGCAACCAAUGAAGGAAGAUCGACAGGUGGAAGAGGAGCAGUUAGCCCUAGGACUGUUGAUUCUAGAAACGUGUCCAAAUCAGAUGUUCAAAAAGAAAAAUGGGAGCAUGCUCAUAUUCCACCACUUGUCCAACGAGUGAAGAGCGAUGCUGCCUCUAUGGCAGACAAAUCUGUAUGCUCUAGGGAGACCGCAUUAGGAGUGGACUACGAAUCAAGAACUUGCUCCAAAUCAUUGAUGAGGAAUGCUUUUGGAGCGAUUUUGUCCGGCCAUGAUAUUCGGCAGCAAGUGAUUGAUAACAGAAUUGAUCGACCUUCCCCCGAAAUAGUGAUGGAACAGGAAGAACUAAGUGAUUCAGAAGAGGAAGCAGAUGAUGUACAGUUUGAAUGUGAAGAAAUGGAUGAUUCUGAAGGAGAGGAUUUAGAUACUGAAUCAGCAAGUAAGAUCGAAAGAGUAAGCUCCCUGCAUUUCGCUGGAUUAUCAUAAGGCUUAUUUUACUGUAUGUCGAGUUCACUGAUAGUAUCCAUAUGGUAUAUUCUGUGACGAAUUAUGUCUUUUUCAUAGUUAUUGAAUCAAGCAAUCUUCUUUUGUUCCUCUUGGAAUUUUUUUCAAUACCAUAUUUCCUUAAAAUUUAGUUUGAUAUUAAUCAUGUUGAGCUAUUAUAUUUGCCCUUUGGCUGUAUAUUUGAAAGCAUUACCUUCUUAAAAGCAUCCCACGCCAGUGUUUCCAUCUCAUUCUCCUUGUCUCAUAGGGAUCUGUUCCAAAUCCAAAGUCUUCAAAGUUGUGGAGUUGGAUUGAGUCCAGAGGAUUGUUGCGGUAGAAACUCGUCACAAGGAAAGUAUAACAAUUUAGUAACUGGCAGCACUACAAGGAUUGAUGUAUUAUGAAAGUCAAUGUGGUAUUUUAUCUGGUUUUGUAAUCCCCAUUGGAGAGAGUUGUGUACUCAUUGGAUUCUCUGUUGUCUCUUCUCUUUAAACCCUAGGCUUUGAGUAGCAAUUUUGUAACCAGCUAAAACUGGAAUAUGCUGGCUUAUCCGAUUGACUGAGAUGACCCAGCCAGCUGAGUUUGGUAAGCUUGGAUGACUAAGCUAAUCACGUGAAGCCUGGUUAGGGAUAAACUCCUUAUUACGAAUUUAAGUUCAAUUGCUCGUUUUGAAAACCAUGCUCACCUAGGUAAGCCUAUGACAGGAACAAAGAUGGUAUCAAACUGGAAGUCAGAUAAACCAGAAUUUGGAACCGAGAUGAUUAACCUAGAAAUUCUAACCGUUUGUCGGACUGGCCCGUAAAGUGGCCACGGUAGAAAUUCUACACUGGAGUUUUGCUUACAGUUGGUUUACCUGCAAAUGAUUUCUACAGAGUUAUCGCUAAUUUUAUCUUUUUAAUUGAAACCGAGAUGAGAGCCUCCUGUCAGUGAUUAGUUUCUUACAUGAUGGUGGGGGUCUGUUCGAUGUCAUUUUGCAAGUGGCAGUGAAGAGGAUAAGGCACUGAAUUUCCAACCAUUGGUCAUUGUUGCCAAGUUCAACGCGUGGGCAGAAUGCGACUUUCCUCUGAUUUGACUUUGUUAUGCUUAUUUAUACCAUUAAUGGACAUCUUUGUGAAUGUUAAAUGUUAAUGUUUUAGCAUAUGUUCAUGGGUUUUUGUUGUGGUUUUAGUUCUCGACGAAUCACUUCUAAGGUUCAUGGGUGGGAUAUUAUCUAAGAAAUUCUUAUAGGGGAAAUAUUUCAUCUCCUUGGUAUCAUGCUACUUGUUUUGAGUACUAAACUGUGAUUUUUCCAGGAAUAGACAACUCCGUCCGCUGUCACUGUGCUGAAGAAUACCAGGGAAGCUCCUGAGUAAAUGAUUCAUGAUCUGCAGCAGGCCGCAGUCCAGAAUUCAUGUUGAAUUCAAUCUGAAAGGGCGAAACUUGUGCAGAUGAUGUGCAGAUGGUGCUCGCCAAAACACCCCAGAAUGUGCUCUUCAAGGACAAGAAAAAAAUGCCAGUUAGUUUCUAUUUCAGGCCAUAAUUCUUAUAUAACAGUCUUCAGGCCUGGAGUUUGCAGAGCAUGGCAUCGGAUGUAUCCUUGUUCAGGUGUAAGCCAUGUCAAGCGUCAGAUGAUUGCCUUCAUGGUUGACAUCUCAAAUCUGCUAGACAUAGAAAGAAGGAGAAGAAGAAGAAGAAGAAGAAGAAGAAGAAGAUAUCUGAUAUUAUUCUUUUUUUAAUCUAUGAUUCAAGUAAGGGAGCUCAACGCCUCCAGUCAACGUUUUUACAGCGUUUCUAAAUGCUGACGCAAGCAGCCCUCCUCCGAGUGGUGGGUCAACUGACAUCCGCUUCUGACUUGAGCAUUAAAAUAUGGGGGCCUAUUUUUCUAGGCUUUUUCUUCAAAUCUGCUCCUGGGUCCAUUGAAGGUGCAGGUUUUCAUAUGUUUUCAGAUGUAAAUCCUGAGAUCUUCUGUGUAAGUGUUUCAUUCUCCUCUGGGCCAUGGCCUUCCAAGUCACAGGGUCAUCUGCUGAUGGACCUGUGUCGGCUUUUGGACUCUCUCUCUCUCUCUCUCUCUCUCUCUCUCUCUGUCUCACUGUUUCUCUCUCUAUCUCUCUCUCUCUAUCUCUCUAUAUCAUUAGGGGGGGGGGGUCAGGUUUCAUGUUUUUAUGCACCUAAAAUCCAGAUAUCUUAUACACGUGAAAUCUACUAUCUUAUGCAUUAUAUUUUCUUCUUGGGUCAUUGUUGAUUGGCCUCAAUUUUUAUAUUGUAGGGCUUUCAAGGAGAUACUAUUGAUAUCAGUAAUGAUGGCGGCCACCUUCAAUGGUCAUGCCUUCCAUAAUAAGUACUAUCCAUUUUUAUUUUUAAAACUCCAGUUUUUUAUUUAAUUUUUUAAAAUUAAUAAGUGAAAUUACGAUGAUCUUACUGUCAUUAGCUGAAAUCUAGUUGAGUCUUGAUGCAGCUGAAGACCCCUCUCUUGUGUUGGUUAAUCAUAGUCUCUCAUCCUCUCUCCCUCCUUGCAUGAGAGUUUUGAGGGAGUUACAUAUAUCAUCAUCAACAAGGUAUGAAGGGAAUUACAAUGUAUUGAGGAUUUUUAUGAUAAUCAAGUUGACUUCUACCAAUUUGUUAUAUAGCCCUUCAAACAUGGCAUGGUCACAUUGUCAGAGUCAAAUGGUGGUUUUUUUUAAUUUUUAGUCAGACUCACUUGAUGGAUGUGAUAUAUAUGAUAUUCAUUCAGGUUAGCAAUUCUUGUGUAGUUAGCAGGAACAUUAAUGGCAUUCCAAGUACAUCUAGAUUCGGUUAUAUUCGGCGAAUAUCAACAAAAAACUUAUACGUCUAGAUUCAGUAAUAUUCAGCUAAUAUCAACAAAUAAUUUUACAAGAUAAAGCUAAAAUCCUAAGUUUAGUCUGUUAGGGUUGCAUUUCUUGUGUAGUUUACUGGAACAUUAAUGGCAUUCCACGUACAUCUAGAUUCGUUGAUAUUCAGCUAAUAUCAACAAAGAAUUAGACAAGGUAAAGCCAAAAUCCUAAUUUUGGUGUGUCAUGGGUGCAAUUCUUGUGUAAUUAGCUGGAAUAUUAAUGACAUUCCAAGUACAUCUAGAUACAGUGACAUUCAUCUAAUAUCGACAAAAAAAUUAUACAGGAUAAAGCUCAAACUCUAAUUUCGUUGGGUGUAUUUAUAGGGGGAAUAUUUUUAUUAUCUUAUAAUUAUUAUUUCGGAGGGAUAGCUUCCUUGGUAUCACUUUAUUUUUAAUAAUAUUUUGCUAUUAUUUAUGGUUCAAAAAUAUAUAUUUGUCUAAACUUCUGAAGUUCACCGUAGAGAUUCAAGUUUUCUUAAUAGGAUGAUUUCUAGCCCACUGAGGUCCGUAGUCCCUCUCUCCAUCCCUCCAUCUCUCUCUCUCUCUCCUUCUCUCUCUAAAUACAGAUAGAUACCUCAUUAACCUAAAAUUUAGAGGUUUACUGCAUUGAUUGACAUUGAUAUUCAUCUUAACCCAUUAGAAGCUAAACAACCAAAACCAGAUACAUCAUCACAUUAA